AGCGCCUUCAUUCGCUUCCGGUUUUGACGCUAGCUAGCUAAUGUUGGAGAUGGGUCUAUGAGCUCUUAAUAUUUUCUCACAUAUUUGCGUCCCUUCUAAAGGGAAUAAUCAUAUGCGUGCACCUCCACGGAGAAAAGUUGCUCAGCCUCGCGUCAGUAAAGCUGCUUUAAAAGUUUGCAAACAUGUCUGUCGCCGAAGAAGCGGACAAAACGGCCACGGCGGAGGCUGGCGCUGGAGACGAGGAGGAAGAAUGGCUGUAUGGAGAUGAAACCGAGACCAAAGAAGAGGACGAAGAAGAAGCUAAACAACCAGCUGAUGACAGUUCUCCUGCUGAGGCUCCUACUGCCCCUACUGAGGAACCUACCGAACAUGCCACAGGAAACGGCGUGGUGUCUGAGUCACAGGCCACCGAGGACGCUGUGGGUGAGGAUGUGGAGAGUGACAGCGACAGUGACGACGACGACGAUGAUGUCCGUGUCACCAUUGGAGACAUUAAAACUGGGGCUCCACAAUACGUACCAUAUGGUGCUCCACCUGUCAAUCUCAAUAUCAAAACACCUGGCUCCAGAUCUUAUGGACAAGUUUCCUCAAAAGUGAAAGGAGUUGAUCUCGAUGCUCCUGGAAACGUUAAUGGUGUCCCAGUGCUUGAAGUGGAUAUGGAGUCGUUCGAGGAGAAGCCCUGGAGGAAACCGGGGGCGGACUUGUCCGACUACUUCAACUACGGCUUUAAUGAAGACACAUGGAAGGCUUACUGUGAGAAACAAAAGCGAUUGCGCAUGGGCCUGGAAGUUUCAACUGUUGGCUCGGUGACCAGUAAAAUUACUGUCCAACAAGGCAGGACAGGCAACGACAAGGAAAUAUCCAGCCUUGCUCUUCACACUUCCAAAUCUGACUUCCCUUCUCCGACCAGCCUGUACAAGUCCACCACCAGUCAGGUCCCUAGGAUCUCCCCCCCUCAAUGGACUGGUCCGCCUGUCCCGGAUAUGUCCUUUUAUACGAAGACAAGCGGUACCAUAGAUGUGAUUGGUGGAGGGACAGCCACCAUCAGUAGGGUCGAAGGGCGACGCAGGCACAACCUCGACGGCAAUAACAUCCAGGUGAUCUCCGAACACUCUACAUCGGAGGCCGAUGCUUCCGCCACGAAGAUCCCCACCUUCUUCCCCCCUGGCCCGCUGCCUCCAAACAUCCCCCCGCCCCCUUUCCUCCCCCCACCACCCGUCAGCUCAGCACCGCCACUUAUCCCGCCUCCCCGGUUGCCCAUCACUGUUCCUCCUCCUGGGUUUCCUCCUCCACCCAGUGGCCCCCCACCUUCAAUCAUUCCUACUAUGGACAGCCAUGCUGGAGGUUACGACGGACGCUCUAUCCCCCCGUAUCCAUUCCCUCAAGGAGCCUACCCUCCCCCCCUGUCUGGAGGCGUGCCGACGUCCUGGCCCCCGUUGAUGGAAAACGCCAAACCGUGGGACUACUACUCCCGUCGGGAUGACAAGCGAGAGAAGGAGCGAGAGCGACCCCGAGAGAGGACGCAUGAGCGAGAGAGAGAGCGAGAACGUGAUCACAGCCCCGCGGUGAUUGGCUACACAAGCGAUGAAGAGCGAUAUCGUUACCGCGAGUACCAGGAACGCGGUUACGGAGACCGCCAUCGUGAGCGGGCGAGCCGCGAGAAGGAGGACCGACACCGAGACAGGCGGCAUCGGGAGAAAGACGAGGGACGCCACAAGUCAUCUCGCAGCAGCAGCAGCAGGAGGAGGCACGACAGUGAAGAGGCCGACAGCCACCGGAGGCACAAACACAAGAAGAGCAAGCGAAGCAAGGAGGGAAAAGAGGCCAGUGAGGACAUGGGUGCAGACCAAGAGAACCAGGAAGCCAUGGAGUGAGCGCCGCUGCCCCCCCAUCACCCCCUCUGUCUUUCUGUCCGACCCACUAAAGACAAGAGUGUAAAAUGGAGGCCACGGUGACAUGUAUCCUGUCACUUCUCAACAUCAAUUUCCAUUCACCACUUUUAUCUGCUGUUUUCCCAUCCUGCAAUGUCGCCGUUGCGGUCGCAGCAGAGGAAGUCGUGAAGGCGCAGCCAUUUUGCAUCUCUCCACCACUGGAUGACCUCAUUGCCUCAGCCUCCUCACUCCUUUUGUCCUCCCAACAAGGUCCUUGUUUCUUUUCUCUUUUGUUUGUCAUGAUGAUUCAUAUUGUGUAUUAAGAGUCAUUAGUUCCAGAGUUUGUCAACUUCAAUUAAAGAACACGUUUUUGAUAACUUGGCUCAAUGGAUUAAAUAUCCUUAAUUUGCAUUUAGUGGUGCCUAUGGUUCUCACUUGGAGGUUAGAAUCUCAGUUUUUUGUAUACGAGUAUAAUUUUGUAAAUUAGUAGGUUGCAAAAUGGCUAUUUUGUUCUUGUAACUCUGUGCAGGCAGUAAAAAUCAAUGCCAGUAAAACAACGAGACAGCAGAACUUACCUGAGCGUUAAUGAAACGAAUGUAAGUGGGAGGGAAAAAACACUUUACUCUGUUUACAAUUAAUGUUAA